AUGUUUAGGAGCGCUUUUAGAUCAUUUCGAGGUGGCAGAAUAAUGCCCUUCAGAUGUGGUAACCUUCGACAGAUCUCUUCAGAAAUUAAACCCAAAAUAUCAGUUCCUGAUACAAUGGCUCUACUGAUACAGAAGAAUUUAAUUCAGAAGAAUAAUUCAUUGUAUAAUUAUGGGACUGGCACCGUUCGAUGCACAAUUUUCGAUGAGAAGGGGAGAGUUAUCGUAUCUUCCAUGGAUAUGAAAAGAGAAGACCUAGUUAUCCAACAUGCACUAUUACCAAGAGAUUUAAGAAAGAUAGAGAAAAGUGGGAAUCUAGAUUUGGUUUCGACAAUAUUGGUCAGGAGAAAUGGUAUCCUAGUAAAUUUAUUAAAUAUCAAAGCAUUAAUAAAAUCUGAUGGUGUUAUUAUCUUCGACAAUGGUGGUUCAAAUUUACCAUUAGAUUCGAAGACGCAGUUGGACUUGAUAAGUGACUUACAGUUAAGACUCUCUAGUUAUUACCAACUGGAGAUGCAAGGUGACGAACUACCUUAUGAAUUCAGGGCUCUGGAAGCUAUAUUCAUAUCUGCAUUGUCAAGUUUAACGAGGGAGAUGAAAGUAUUAAAUACAAUAAGCAAAAGUAUUCUUCAAGAUCUGGAAUACAAAAUCACCAAGAAUAAACUUAGACUAUUAUUAGUACAAAAUAAAAAAUUAACUAUAUUCCAUAAAAAGGCAUUACUAGUAAGAGAAAUGAUAGAUAAUUUACUAGAGCAAGAUGAUGAUUUAUGUUCAAUGUAUUUGACAGAUAAGCAUUGCGGAAAAGAAAGAGUCGAAGAUGACCAUACAGAGAUAGAGAUGCUUUUAGAGACGUAUUACAGUCAUAUAGAUGAAAUUGUGCAAAAAGCAGAGAGUUCAAUCUCUAACGUUAAGACAACAGAGGAAAUUAUUAACAUUAUCUUAGAUUCGAAUAGAAACCAAUUGAUGUUAUUGGGUAUCAAAUUUAGCAUGGGUAUGCUAUCGUUAGGAGGUGCGAUAUUUUUGGGGUCCCUCUACGGUAUGAAUUUGGAAAAUUUCAUAGAAGAAACAGAUUACGGAUUUGGAUUAGUUACAGUUAUAAGUUUGUUCAGCUUGAUAUUCCUGUUCAAACUGAAUAUCAAAAGUUUAAGAAGUUUACAGAAACUAUCCCUUUUCGGCAGAGACAAACCUAAAAUUAAAUAA